GGCAUCGUCUCAGUAGCUCAGCAUCCUUUGGAAGCGGACCCCAGUCCUCCUCUGAUUAAAGCGGUAUCCGGGGAGUCUGAACACGCAUUGAAUACUGUCAACUAGAUAACCUGCCUCACUGCAGUUGGGGUGACCCAGGGUUUAAUUAAGUAUUCCCUUUAUAUGUUUUAAAAAUGAUGGCAUGCACCGAGAUGAUCACGAUGUGCCUCCAGUCUGCAAAACAGCAGCACCUGCGCUCCAAGCAGCAGCAACCACUGCUGCAGAAGAAAACCCCAAGCCAAGGGCUAUCCAUUCUCCACGAUAUUUUUCGACGAGCUGACAAGAAUGAUGACGGGAAGUUGUCCUUUGAGGAAUUUAAGACAUAUUUUUCAGAUGGGAUCCUCAGUUUAGAGGAACUGCAUGAGUUGUUCUACACAAUUGACAGACGUCAUACCAACAAUCUGGACACGGGGAAGCUGUGUGAUUACUUCUCUGAACACCUCGGGGAGUACCUCGAUGUUCUCUCUGCUUUGGAGAAGUUGAAUGUCACAAUCUUAAAAGCUCUGGACAAAACAAAAGAGGAAUAUCAGAGCUCCUCUCAGCUGAGCCAAUUUGUGACGCGGUUUCUUCUGCGGGAGACAUCCAGCCAGUUACAGUCCCUGCAGGGCUCACUAGAGUGCGCGAUGGAGGCGGUGGAGGAGCAGAGCUGCAAAGGAAGGACGGACAUGAAGAAGCCCGAGGCUCUCUCUGUGCAGCGGACUGGACGGCGAUGUGGCCGAAGGACCCAGAAGACUGUGUGCUUGUCUCCUACAGAUCCAUACUCGGGCAUGCUCACCUCAGGGAUUUGUGUUGAGCCAGACAAGCACUGGGCGUCACAGAUCUCCAGACUCCAGCAGCUCAUUGACAAGCUAGAGUGUAAGAGCCCCAAGCUGGAACCCCUCAAAGAAGAAACCAUCGCUGGCCCUUACAAAGCUAACAUCCUGGUGGUGCAGAGACAGAUGCCUGUAAUGGAGGAGGAGCUGGAAGAGUUCCGGCAGGCUCUCAAGUACUACACUGACACCACAGCCAGUCAGAGCAGCAGCUUGCAUGUUUCGGUGCAGAAGCUGCCUGAAGAAUCCUGCUUCAUAAUGUAUGAAUUCUGGCAAGACAGAAACUCGUGGACAUGCUAUCUCCAGUCGAAUGCUAGUAAGAUGUUCCAGCACAGUGUCAUUGACUUCUUGGAGAGCCCCGAGCUUGUCACCACCAUGCUGCUUCCAGCCUCCUGGUGGAUUACGAACAAGUGACAGUGCUGUCUGUACCCAAACAGCUCCUGAAAAUGAAAUUCCAGUCUGAAAUCCCAGUUUUGAAAUGAUGAAAUGAAUAACACGUGUGCAGCACCUCUAGAACACGCUAAGGCAGCUAUACUUCUAAUGACAGGCCUGCUAGAAAUACAAAAAUAUAUAUUUACAUGUUAAACUUACAUGGAAUUUUCAUUUUUGUUUUAGUUAUUUUUAAAGAAUAAAAAAACUUUGGCUUUGCAACAGUCAAAAUCUAAAAUUAGCACUGGACACCCCCCCCCGAGGAUAAAAAUGAAAACGUUGGCAUUAUGAUAGAUUAAAAAAAAAGGCUUAUCAGUGAUAUCUGUAACCUGCAGGGAAAAAAAUUAAAAAAAACAGGUUACUUAACAGGAUGUCUAUACCACCUUAUAUUUAGUUUAUAUAUAUAUUUUUUUCAAAAAUAUGCAACAGUGCACUUAGCAUAACCGUGGCAAAAGCAUGGGAAAAUGGCAAAAUGACCUUGCAAAUUUACCAUGGUAACAUUCUAGAAGGGUAGGAGCCUGUAUAUAAUCUACUGCUCAAAAUACAGCCACAGGGAAUGCUAAAAUUUGAGCAGGUUUGUUAAUGUUGAAGGAAAGCAUUAUCAGUCCUGAUGUAUUUCAUGUUUAUUUUGUAACAGUGGAAAGUGUUUGCUUAGUACAGUUUUUAUUCUUGAAUGAUAAUCUUUUGAUCAUUUUCUAUUAGAAUCCUCCUUUAUUUAAAGAUUUAGCUCUGGUUUUGAAAAUCAUUUAUUUUAUCAUCCGUAUUGCUAUAAAAAAGCUUUCAACGCCACCACAGAAGCCCUUUGAUGGCAUUAGUAUACCAACAUCGUUUUGCACAGAAUUUCUUUCUUUUCAUUAAAAAAGCUGGCUAAUUCUGCACAGUUCUACCAACGGUUAAAACAGUUUGCUAUCUUCUUUGAAUCAGGAAAAAACUGUCACAAAAGAAAGAUCUAUGGAUCAGGUUUUGGACACAGGUCAAAAUGUAUGUCUAUUUCAGAACGCAAGGCUGUAGAAACUGAUUUACAAAGUGACCAUAUUUAGUGCAGUGCAAGUAAAUUAUACUGAAGCUAUAUAAAUAGCGUGCAUGUACCCUACUAGCAUAUUAGGCAUGGCUAGUGGAUUAAAUGGCGAGUCUGUAAGGUCCUGUAGGUACGCAGUUUUGUUUUUAUUGUGUGAAUUCAAAUUUUUGGACUGUGCCGUUAUGUUCACUAAAGUGGGAGUGGGGGCUAUAAUAUAUGGUUAGAUUUUAAAUAGUGCUGUUUCUGCCCUAUUAUAAACAAAGUACGUGCAAAAGCAAAGGCACAUUUUCAAAGAGGUACAAUGCAGUGUAAAACCAUCAAGAAACAACUUAGUUGAGAGAAAGAGCUGUUCAUUUACUGUUCUGAGUAAUCUCUUGCUAGUUUUAUACCGUUAUAAUUGUUUUAUUCCUCUCUAAAAUGUUGUCUUUUCUUUUUCAUUCAGAUUUCAACAGCUGAAUUUUCAUUGCUAGUUAUAAAGGUUUGAAAUGGUAAUGCUCAGAAAUGAACUGGCUCUGUAUUCUCUUGACAAAUUGUGUUUCUUUGCUGUACAGUAUCUCUUAAAGUAAAAAAAAAGCAUAUUUCAGCUUUCUGGAUUCAAGGUUUGGCUUGUGCUUAAUAAAAAUGGACUUGGUUUUAUCCAAAUGGUAUUGCAUUGUAUUUUUAUGGUUAAGGAAUGAAAUUCAGCAAUCACUGUUGAGUGGUGAGCAGCAAGAUUGAGGAAGUGAAAAACAGAAGUGCAUGAUUCUAACUGGAUAUCCAUCUAGAAUAUCAAACCCAACACGGGUUUAGAGCAGUGAGAUUAAGGUAUUAGUUUAGACAACCAUCACUUGAUAUUAGAAUUUAAUCUGUUGCCAUGUUCUUUGGAAAACUGCUAAACACAAAAGUAUAUUAAGCAUAACAAUCUUCUUACCACUCGUAUUUCAAGCU